AUGCCGAAGCAGCGCCGUGACCAAACGCCGCCAUCGCCUCCCAGCUUCACGGACGGCGACGAGGUCGGCGGCGGCGGCGGCGGAGACCCCACCGACCUGAACGACGCCCGCACCCCCUUCGCCCUCUUCGUCCGCGAGCUGGCCGUCAGGGCCUCCCAGCGCCUGGACGGCUAUGGGGCCGCCGCCGCCGCCGCCGACAUGGGUGCGUACACGCGCGUCUACCACGAGCUCGUGUGCGAGUGGCGGCACAGGGGCCUGUGGAACGACCGCUGGGGCGCCGUCCCGGGCCAUCUGUGGCGGGGCAAAGAACUGCGCGGUUUCCUCUCCAUGGGUACUGAUCGUCAUCCCCCGUUGGGGCUGGAUUCGGACCCGGUCAUCGAGGGGCUCGACGAGUUUGUUUCUAGAACCGCACGUGUCGUUACGGCGGCAUGGCUGGGCAACAACGGCCGCGAUGGCGGCGGUGGCGGGGACGGCGCCGGAGCCACCCGGACCGACGACCACGACCACGACGACGAGCUCAGCCCGCCGCCGCCGCCACCACCACCCGGCCCUAACAAUCCCCGCACGCGGCCGGCCGGCGCCGCCGCGCCGCCCAUCGCCAUCGUCACGCUGCCGCCGUACGACCCGGCGGCGGCCAAGGCGCGCGAGCGGUCCGUCGGCGGCACCGUGACGCUGAGCGUGGGGCGGCUGGACGUGGACGGCGCGCUCGAGUCGCCCUUCAGCUACCUGCGCGACGGCCACGGCGUCGCUGCCGUCAGGCGCCGCCGGGGCGAGCAGUUGCGCAGGCUGCAGCACCUGGGCGCCGCCCCGAGGGAAGAGGAUAACGCGGCAGGGGGCAGCAGCAGCAGCAGCAGCAGCAGGGCCGAGGUGCAGCAGGGCAUCAAGCGGGAGCUCGACGACGACGACGAGGCUGCAGACGCUGGAGAGGCCGCCGCCCGUGGGCCGAAGCGGCAGGCCACCGAGCGCGGUCGGGGAGACGGUGGCCGCGACGGAGACGCUAAAGAGGAGCAAGUGAGCCCGGCAGAGUGGUAG